GCCAGUGACUCCGCCGACAAUGGCGCCGGGCAGCGGCCCGGCGUGGCGUCAGAUGUCUCUGACCGGCGACGAGGAGCCCGAGAUGGACGCCAUGCAGCGAGGAAUCCUGCAGAGGCAGCGCGAGGCUGAGGAGCGCAAGCGACGCAUCCUGGCCGCCUACCAGAUAGCGGCGCGCAGCGGUGCCGGACCCAAGACCGUCUGCCUCGAGGAGUACAACAACCUGCAAGUACCCGAAGACGUGACGUUCGAAAACCCGUACAGCUGCACGACGGGAUUCAAGGGCGGCAUAGCUGCUGUCAAGACGCCGCAGAAGCAAAGGGCGGGAGCCCGGUAACUGCCUCCUCCGUCCCCACCACCCCUUCCUUUCCCCCCUCUCUUCUCACCCUCGUUACCCUCUCUCUCGCUUUCGAGUCACCACCGUCAGCGCCCUCACGCGGGCUAUGCGAAUCGGCAAGAUAGACACUCCCCGACGAUUGGUUGCGGUCCACAGUUCGACCAAAACGAAACGAAGUCUACAUGCAACAAGCGCAACGCUCUGUGUGCUCUCUAUAGUUCGACGACGUACCGACAACGAAGUGCUCACGUAACCCUUCAGACCGGUUAGCCAAGAUCUCAUUACCCCCUUGUGCCGAAGAAACAUCAAAGUACUAACUGCUGUGAACGCCUCAUACUUCUGGACGGACGGUCAAACGACGUGCGCGAAGUGUGAAUGUUAAGUUUCUGUUGCAUCGGGGGCGUCGCGCGUCGGUUUGUCACUACUCCUUGUACGCCUUCGUGAUCGGACUCACGACGGUCUAUGACAGGGCCAGAGACUUUCACGAGAGGCCACAGACAUUAAAUGACAGUCCAUUCGUAAAGUGUGGCAACUAACGUCAUUUUUACACCUAUGAGUCCAACUGCGAUGGCGGGCAAGGAUUUGUGAGAUUGCUCGCGUGGCGCCUCAGUUAUUUUUGUUGCUUGUAAUUUUUUGUUGCUACUGUUUACAUUUCUUGUUUGAAGAAACAAAAAAGACACCUACAUUAUCUGUCAAGCUGAAGUCAGAGCUUCGUGAGUAGACAGAGACGACACCAAAAGUUGUCCAGUGUUCAGCCAUAAUGUUUACAUUGCUGUUUUUAAAUUUUAGCUCAAUAAAAAAGAUGUG